GGGGCGGUUAGUUCCCGCGCCGGUGGCCUGGCGCCUCCCGCCCUCGGGAGGGGCGCGCCGGCCAGCAGACCCCCGCCCGCCCUCGCCGGCCGGCCGCCCCGGCGGAGAGGGCAGCGGUGAUGCCCUGGGGCCAGGACCGGCAGGCCGGGGGCCCGGGUCUUGCGGGCCGGUACCACCGUCCCGGGCCGGGGGAGCGGGAGGCUGGCGGGGGGAGGGGUCGAGGGGCUCCCGGACUUGCUGCAGCCCCUGAGCUCCGCGGCUGGGCUGAGGCACUUGCCGGGCAGCUGCUGCUCCCAGAGGACUCGCUGCCGGCCGAGAUGGGCAGCGGGAGGCUUUGGAGGCUGUGCCCAGGCUCUGAGCUGCCCUAGACCGCGGACUGGCUGGGCGUGGGUCACAGACAUGGCCCAGCCCCUGAACUUUGUCCUCAAUGUUCCCGAGACCCCAGAGGACCACGGCCAGGAGCCCAGCCCCUAUGAUGAGAGCGAGGUGCACGACUCCUUCCACCAGCUCAUCGAGGAGCAGAGCCGGUGGGUGGCGGAGGAGGGGCUGGAGCUGCAGCAGAGAGAGCCCGGGGCUGGGGCUGGAGCCUCGGAGACCUCAGGCACUGGCCACCAGGCCCUGCUGGGGCCCGAGGACGCCCUUGUCCACAGCACAGCCACACUCCGCAUCUUGGCCAGCAUGCCCAGUCGCACUAUUGGCCGCAGCCGCGGGGCCAUCCUCUCCCAGUACUACAACCGCACGGUGCGGCUUCGGCGCAGGGUCAGCCGGCCCGAGGUCAGGGGCGUGGGGCGCUCGGCCCGGCCCAGCCUCCGCCUCUACGACCUGGAGCUGGACCCCGCGGCCCUCGAGGAGGAGGAGAAGCGGUUUCUCCUGGUGAAGGAGCUGCAGGGCCUGACGGUGGCCCAGCAGGACCACAUGCUCCGGGGGAUGCCCUUGGGCCUGGCUGAGAAACGCUGCCUGCGAGAGGAGAGCCGGACCCUGACGGGGAAGCGGAGGGGCCGACAGGGCCGGCGGGGGCUCCCCCCCUGCUGUGGCCAGCUCCGAGAUGCCUGCGUCCUGGCCCUGCACAGCCUGGGGCUCUGGCUGCUCUCGGGCCUGCCCGCCCUGAUGCCGUGGCGCUACGCCCUGAAGCGCAUCGGAGGCCAGUUCGGCUCCAGCGUGCUGUCCUACUUCCUCUUCCUCAAGACCCUGCUGGCCUUCAACUUGCUCCUGCUGCUGCCGCUGCUGGCCUUCAUCGUGGGCGUGCAGGCGGCCUUCCCGCCGGCCUCCCCGGGCUCCGUCCCCACCUUUACGGGCCUGGAGCUGCUCACGGGCGGGGGCCGCUUCACCCACACCGUCAUGUACUACGGCUACUACAGUAACAGCACCCUGAACCAGCCGUGUGCGCCCCCGCUGGAUGGUGGUCAGUGCAGCCGCGAGGCCGACAGCCUGCCCUACAACAUGCCCUUGGCCUACCUCUUCACGGUGGGCGUAGCCUUUUUCAUCACCUGCAUCACCCUGGUGUACAGCAUGUCCCGCUCUUUCGGGGAGAGCUUCCGGGUGGGCAGUGCCUCGGGGGUUCAUGCCGUCACCGUUUUCUGCUCCUGGGACCACAAGGUGACUCAGAGACGGGCCUCCCGCCUCCAGCAUGACAGCAUCCGAACUCAUCUGAAGGAGCUGCUGGCGGACUGGCAGCUACGGCAGGGCUCCCGGAGCGCGUGCGGGCGGCUGCGGCAGGUGGCGGUGCUGGGGCUCGUGUGGCUGCUCUGUGUGGGGACCACGCUGGGCUGCACUGUGGCCGUCUACGCCUUCUCCGAGCUCAUGAUUAAGAGCCCCGCGUCCGCUGAGCAGGAGGGGGCGCUGCUGGCCCUGCCCGUGGUGGUCUGCCUCCUCAACCUGGGGGCCCCCUACCUGUACCGCGGCCUGGCCGCCCUGGAGCGGCACGAUUCCCCGGUGCUGGAGGUAUACGUGGCCAUCUGCAGGAACCUCAUCCUCAAGAUGGCCAUCUUGGGCAUUCUGUGCUACCACUGGCUGGGCCGCAGGGUGGGCGCCCUGAAGGACCAGUGCUGGGAGAACUUUGUGGGCCAGGAGCUCUAUCGGCUCAUGGUGCUGGAUUUCAUCUUCGUGCUGCUGGACACGCUGUUCGGGGAGCUGCUGUGGAGGCUCAUCUCUGAGAAGAAGCUUAAGAGGAGGGAGAAGCCGGAGUUCGACAUUGCCGGCAACGUUCUGGAGCUGAUUUACGGGCAGACCCUGACCUGGCUGGGGGUCCUCUUCGCCCCUCUGCUCCCUGCCGUCCAGCUCAGCAAGCUGCUGCUUGUCUUCCACCUCAAGAAGACCAGCCUGAUGGCCAACUGCCGGGCGCCCCGCAGACCCUGGCUGGCUUCCCACAUGAGCACCGUCUUCAUCUCGCUGCUCUGCUUCCCCUCCUUCCUGGGAGCCGCCGUCUUCCUCUGCUACGCGGUGUGGCAGGUGAAGCCCUCGAGCGUCUGCGGCCCCUUCCGCACCCUGGACACCAUGUACGAGGCCGGCAAGGUGUGGGUGCGCCGUCUGGAGAAGGCGGGCCCCCGGCUGUCCUGGGUGCCCUGGGUGCACCGGUACCUGGUGGAGAAUACCUUCCCCGUCUACUUGGUGUCGGCCCUGCUGCUGGCGGUGAUCUACCUUAAUGUCCAGGUGGUGAAGGGCCAGCGCCGGGUCAUCGCUCUCCUCAAGGAACAGAUCAGCAACGAGGGGGAAGACAAAAUCUUCUUGAUCAACAAACUUCACUCCGUCUACGAGAGGAAGGAGAGGAGGGUUGGUAGAGCCCAGGAGGCAGAGAGGCUCGAGGACGAUCCGGACACCUGGUAGGACAGCGACAGGCCUGGCAGCUCUGCGUCUGCUCACAGGUGCGGCCUGUGCCCAGGAUGCCGUUUCCACGGCCCCGUGGGCAUGGACGCCGACCUGGGACUCUGCAGCCCAUCAAGGCUGGAACUGGAGGGUGGGCGGUGGGGGGGGCACACCCAGUGGACCGUGUCCUGCUUGGGACUCUAUUUAUUCUGAUAAAACAUGUUUUGCAAAAUGAGCUUCUCCUGGGAUUCUGUGCUUGUAGCCGGGCCGGGCCUGCCAAGCGUGCCCACGCACCGCUGUGCCGUGUAGCCCUCGCCCUGUGGACAACCCGUAGGCGGAGGGUGUGGGCCCCUCACCCUGGUAGUUUCUUUCUGGCUGAAUGCUUCUCUUCUGUCUGCCCUCCACUGCCCUCCCAGGAGGGGUUGCGGGGCUGUCUGGCGGUAAGUGCAGGGUGCCCUCUGCUGGCUGAGCCCCGGAUGGCAGGGUGGGCCACGCCACAGCUUGACGGUUGCCCCUGACCAGCCUGUGCCCAGGGGACUCGCCCCUGUGCAGGUGUGCCGGGCGGACAGUGUCCAGGGUGAUGAGGCCACAGUGGCGAUGCUCAGUGGUUAUCAGGCCAUGGGGAUGUGGACGGCCACGCAGUUUCUAAUGAGCCAUGGGGAGAAGGCCCUGCCAGGGAGGGGGGCGGCCCGCACCCAGGCCUGGGGCAGCAGGGGGUCUGGCUGCCUGUGGCUGGUGGUGGGGAGACCCCAGAUCCUGCCAGGCUGAGUAUCCUGUGGGAUGCUGUGAACCUGAGAGUAUGGGAAGGCGGGGCUUGGCUGUCACAGCCGCAGCGUGCCACGUCUGCAGGAGCUGGGGCAGUGGCUCCAGGUGGGGAAGCAGAAUGAGAGCGCAGUCAUGGGCCCCACUGCUCCUCACCCCACAGGGGCAUCCAGAAGAGCAAAGCUCGGGCCUGGGCGAGGCCGUGGGGAGGGUCAGGGCAAACCCACAGUGGACAUACCCCCCAGCACUGGCCAUACCCCUGGCUGGGCCCAUCCUCACCCAAACUGUCCCCUUUCCGAGACGGUCUCACGGGGGUAGUCCUGUUUGGCAGACGGGCAGAGGCGGGUGCCAUGUGCUGUUGAGGCCCUGGAGGCUCACCGGGCAUCACCAAGACUUCUGUAGGUGGGGGACGGUGCCCUUGGUGGCCCCAACAGCUCAGGAUUCCUGGGCUGGUCAUGGCCAGUCCCCGACAGGGUGCUUUAGAGAUCUCUCCAAAGAGCUCGUGCUAACCCCGGGCGGCUGCUCUUGGCUGCGUCUCGGGGCACGAGCACCACGGGGUGAAGCCGGGUGGGAAGUCCGGAAGGUGUGAUGCUGGCCAAGGGCUUUCUGGGCCCUGACGCCCUUCCUGCGCCCCCCUCUGAAUGGUCACAGAUGUGCUGUUGGUCGGAGGGGGGCACUUACGGGUUGAGAUGGCCCUGCCAUCCGUGUUCCCUGCCUUGCAGCCCCUGUGAGUCGGGACAAGCUGCCUAUGACGAGUGAAAGGCUUGCCCUCUGCGCAUCCCGUCACUCACUCGAGCACGAACGCAGGUGCUGCUGUCGAGGAGUUCGGUGCGUGUGGAGUACGCACAACCGCGGACUCCGUUAUCCCCAGUGACCUGUGUGGGCCUCAUCCAAUCAGUUGAAAGACCUUAAUAGCAAAACCUAGGUUUUCUGAAGAAAUUCUGCCCGAGAUGCAGCCUCGCCCGCCCUGCCACCGCGUGAGCCGGCUCUCCCGGAGCCCGUCUGCCUCCCGGCCUGCGGUUCCCGACACCCGUGUGGCCUCGAGCUCUCCGGCCAGCGCAUUGCGCCGUGUUCCUCCUGCGACGGAGCGUGGGGAGCGGGCCCAGAUUCUGACUCGUUAGCGGAUGACCUUGGGCGGGUCCUGUGACCUUGGCCAGCCCAGCUCCUCUACGGUGCUGAGCACCACGCUAGGCUCAGAAGUUUUGCUUUAAAAAGAGAAAGGGGGCGCCGGGGUGGUGUGGUCGGUUGAGCGUCCGACUCCCGUUUUCAGCUCAGGUCAUGAUCUCGGGGCUGUAAGACGGAGCCCCCCAUCUGGCUCCACGCUUGGCGUCUGCUUCUCUCUCCCUCAUCUUCUCCCCCUGUUGCACACGCUCUGUCUCUGAAAUAAAUCUUUUAACAAAAAGAAAAGAAAAAGUGAGCUGUAACUGCCGAACGAGGCCAAGCGAACUCCUACGGCUCCUGCAGUGCCCGGGAGCGGACGCGGCUCCUUGUGGCCAGUGACAGCUACUCCGCGCCCCGCGCCUCGGCCCUGGCUGCUCCAUGGAACCCAGCAGGGGCCACCCCCAGGGAUUCUGCUUGCCUUGGUUUGGGAGGUGUCCUGGCACUGGGAUUUUUAAAAAUUUCCAGGUAAUUCUAACGCGCAGCGGGGCUGAGGACCACCCCACUCUGCUCUCUGCAGCAUCUGCCCCACGUCUACGAAGCCCAAGGCACGACUGCCCGCUUCGGGCGUGUCUGCAAGCGCGCUUCUGUCCUUCACAGCCGGCCCGUCAGGCCACAUCUCACACAAGGGGACCUGUCACCCGUGCUCUCGCUGAGGCGCGAUGCACAGAGCUGGCGGAGUCAUGAUGCCAUCGGGAUUCCGGUGUAGGUUUUCCUCGCUCCAUCCUGACCGCGCCGCCCCUGGGAAGAAGCUUCUUGAAAUGCCGGCCUCCAUUUCCGCUCCCGCCAGUGAGCAUGUGCUCAGGGCUCAGCUCUCGUCUUUGCCCCGCCGCCUCUUCUGGCCUCCGUGCUGUUCAGACAGCCCUCUCUCUGCCUCGCCUGCUAUGACCCGCUGAGCACCCUUGUCGUCUUUGCCACUCUCCCACGGAGUCAUCAGAACAAUUUCGUAAGAAGCGCAGCUCCAUACAUAUUGUUUCCUUGAUUCUAGACACCGAGCCUCCUUGGCUACCGAGCGGUCACGCCAGAUCUCGGUUUACCUUGUGUCACCCGCCGGUCCCCUGCUUUCCCCAGGGUGUCAAAAUGGAAUCCGGCCUCCUGGGCCCAGGGCUGCGCCACCCCCCGCAGGAAGCCUGGCGCGGCCUUCGGAUGUUCUCAAGGCCCUGACCUUGUCCUCCCGGGGAGCAGGCGCUCUCUCGCAGUAACUGCACACACAGGCACCUGCUGGGCGGAAUGCCCGGGCGCUUUCCCCACUGUUGACUCCCCUUCCUCCUUGCUUUUCGCUUCUCCCGACCAUGACCCUUUCCGCACUGUCCUUUGUGACUUUCCAAAGAGGCUGGGCAGAGCCAGGAGUUCACCACCUUGCCCCAGCACCCUGGUCCUACCCUCUUGAUAAGAUGCGGGAGAGUGGAGACAGAGACACUCGUUCUGCCGGUCUCUGAGCAAGGGGUCCCAGAGGACGUGGCUUGUCUCCCAGAGACUGUCUUUACAAUCCUGGUGAUCAGAAGCACUGACGCUCGCCGAGCUCAUCUGAAGUCACGGUGUUUGGAGUGGCCUGAGAGCCACCGCAGUCUGCUUUCCAGCUGCCACCCGAGAUGCCACACUGAGAAAGCCACUGCCUCGUGCAGUGCCGAGUUCUCUGCUUGUGCGAAAUGCUUUGUGAAAGCACCUUUCACGGGUUGUUUGAGGAUACUUGACAAGAAUAAAUGAAUAAAAUGUCCAGGAAACACAAAA